AUGGCGGUUGGGGGGUUUACUUCAUCCACCAAUGACGUAGAGAAGAACUACCCAGGAAAGCUAACCAGUUACGCAGCAUGGGCAUGCUUCACUGCUGCAUGGGGAGGUCUUAUCUUCGGCUACGACAUUGGUAUCUCUGGUGGUGUAACAUCCAUGGCUUCCUUUCUGGAGAAGUUCUUUCCUUCUGUGUAUCGAAAAGAAGCACUUAAUGAUUCAACUGAUCAGUACUGUAAGUUUGAGAGUAUGAUUCUCACAUUGUUUACAUCUUCUCUCUACUUGGCUGCUCUGGUUGCUUCUUUCUUUGCUUCCACUGUGACUAGAAGGUUUGGGAGGAAGAGAUCAAUGGGUACGGGUGGUCUUAUCUUUCUCACUGGAGCGAUUAUUAAUGCUGCGGCUGUGAAUCUGGGAAUGCUUAUUGUUGGACGGAUUUUGCUUGGGAUUGGGGUUGGAUUCGCUAAUCAGUCGGUGCCAUUAUACCUAUCAGAGAUGGCUCCCUACAAAUACCGUGGAGCUCUAAACAGCGGUUUCCAACUAAUGAUCACAAUUGGCAUCCUCUUCGCCAACCUUAUAAACUUCCUAACCGCUAAGAUCAGUGGCGGGUGGGGCUGGCGCUUGAGCUUGGGCGGCGCCGCCAUCCCCGCCGCCAUCAUAACCAUCGGAGCUUACUUCCUCCCCGACACACCCAACUCUCUCAUCGAACGUAGCUUUACAGAUGAAGCCCGUGAGGAGCUCCAACGCAUCCGUGGCACCGACGUCGAUGUGGAAGAAGAGUUCCAAGACCUCGUCGCCGCCAGUGAUGCGUCGAAACAAGUUCAUCAUCCAUGGAAGAGCAUUAUGGAGAGAAAAUAUAGGCCUCAGCUUGUGAUGUCCAUUGCAAUUCCGUUUCUGCAACAGUUCACUGGCAUCAAUGCGAUAAUGUUCUAUGCUCCUGUGUUGUUUAAGACUCUGGGUUUUGGAGAUAAUGCUUCACUCAUGUCGUCGCUUAUCACUGGCUUUGUUAAUGUUAUAGCCACCUUACUCUCUGUCUUUACUUCAGAUAGAUUUGGAAGGAGAAUCCUCUUCUUGGAGGGUGGAACCCAAAUGUUCAUCUGCCAGAUCAUAGUAGGGUUUCUAAUCAAGUACGCAUUUGGAUCAAAAGGAGUUGCCGUCCAUCUAUCGUCCGGUACCUCUGCUGCUGUGGUAUUGUUCAUCUGCCUCUUCGUGUCGGCAUUCGCGUGGUCAUGGGGGCCAUUAGGUUGGCUGGUACCCAGUGAGAUCUUCCCUCUUGAGAUCAGGUCAGCUGGACAAAGUAUCAAUGUUGCAGUAAACAUGUUCUUCACCUUCUUGAUCGGAGAGUUCUUGUUAAAGAUGCUCUGUACCAUGGAAUAUGGUCUCUUCUUCUUCUUCGCUGCUUGGGAGCUCAUCAUGACUGUUUUCAUCUACUUUUUUCUACCUGAGACUAAAGGGAUACCCAUUGAAGAGAUGUAUCAGGUUUGGAAGAGCCAUUGGUAUUGGAGUAAGUUCGUUCCUGAAGAAGAAGAAGAAGAAGAAGAAGAGAGGAAGGAAUAACAACCCAAACCUCUUCAAGUAUGAAACAUUCAAAUAGAGCCAAUGGG